AUGGUGAAGAAGAAAGCAAAAUCAGCAAUUUCGGCUCAAAGUAAACUAGCCUCGAAAGAAGCUAAGAAAGUAAAAGCUGCAGCGAAAGCUGUCCGGAAAGACGCCAAAGCGCAAAAAAAGUCAAGGAAGGAUGACGACGUAUCCGAUGAUGACGAGGAUCUAGAGGCGAUCCUAGAGAAGAUGAGGAUAGAAUGGGAAGAAAAACAUCGCGUCACAGAAGAGAUUUCAGAUGGGCCCCCCAGUCGCCGAGCCAACGCGACCCUGACGCCUGACCCAAGCGGUAAUUACCUAUGGUGUAUUGGCGGGGAAUAUUUCAGCGAAGAUGGGAAGGCGCAUUUCUAUAGCGACGUUUAUAGAUACUCCCCAGAUAAGAACGAAUGGAGACGAUUCACUUCAGCAACUUGUCCCGGCCCCAGAUCUGCCCAUGCAGUGGUGGCGACGCCAUCUGAAGGAGGGAAGUUAUUCUUGUUUGGAGGGGAAUUUUCGUCUUUGCACCAAACCACUUUCCACCAUUAUCGAGAUACUUGGGUAUUUGACAUCGCUUCCAAGUCUUGGGAACGUUUAGCAACUAAGAAUAAGCCUCCCGCCCGCUCAGGACAUCGCAUGGCCGUGUGGAAACACUUCAUAGUUCUUUUUGGAGGGUUUUUCGAUCCGGGUGUUCGGACGCAGUACUUGAAUGAUCUAUGGAUAUUUGAUACUGAGGAUUACACCUGGAAACCGGUGGAAAUUAGCGGCAUUGACCGGAAACCUUCACCCCGCUCGGGCUUCUCCUUCCUCUCAACUCCUGAGGGCAUUGUGUUACACGGGGGCUACUACCAAGAGUAUGUAAAAGGGAAACGCCCACAAGGCGUAGUAUUGGAUGACACCUGGUUUCUACGUCCUGGAUGUUCAUAUAUUGCUACGAUUGGGAACAGAAUGUCAACAGACACAAAGGAGUUUAAAUGGGAACGAAGGAAGAAAGCUAAUAACGCCCAUGCUCCUAUCGCUAGAAGUGGCUGCACUAUGGCGCUUUGGGCCAAUUCGUCUGCAAAAUCUCUGGGUAUCAUGUUCGGAGGCGUGAGAGAUGUUGAUGAGGGUGAUGAAGUCCUUACAAGUGAGUUCUACAAUGACAUGUACGGAUACAAUACGCCGCAUCCAGGAAAAUGGGUUACUCUGACGCUUCGCAAGAAGAAGCAGAAGGCUGGAAAGGGGUCAAAACGGAAAGCGAAAAUACAGCCCAUGGAAGUGCAGGCGCCUGGGGGUGACGAUGAUACGGACGGCGAGGAGUCCGAAAGCGAGGAUCCGGAUGGAGGGAAUACGGACUCUCCUGGGUUACCGGCCGACAACGCUAUGCUUGCCGUUCUCCGGAACACCUUGUACAUCUACGGUGGAAUUUUGGAGAGGGGUGCUCGUGAAUACACCUUGGACGAUUUCUGGUCAGUUGCACUAGACAAAAUGGAUGAAUUUGUCUGCCUGCGACCUUUGGAUGUCAGCAUGUUUGACGGUAACGAUGGAAGCAGCGAGGAAGAAAAUGAUGAUGAAGAGGAUGAAGGCGAAGGCGAAGAAUCAGAUGAGGACGCGAACCAGGACCAUUCCGACCCAGAUGAGCAUUCAAAGGAUCAGGAAAAGGAGAUCGAUACUGCAGAAACUGUAUUGGUGAACACUCAAUUACGCGACCAAGCUGCACGUUUCCUUGAGGGAUCCAAAACCAUAUCGGCUGAGGAAGCCCUUCGAACCCCAUUGCCUGGAGAGACCCUGACCGUUUUCUAUGCAAGGUCACGCGAGUAUUGGGCACAACAGGCUCACACUUUUAGCGAUAACAGAGGAAAGCAGCUACGCCGAGAUGGCUUUGGGUUGGCCCAGGAUCGGUACGAAGAAUACAAACCCCUGUUGGAGGAGGUGGAGAAGAUUCUCGCUGAAGCCGGUCUAGACGCCGAGGAGAUGAAACGAGCGAGCGAGGGAACAGGAAUCGGGUGGAAUCACAACAGACGCUGA